AUGUACAAGCUACAUCAUAAAACUUCCAAUCAGACCCUGAAAAUAGUUUGGGAAGCUAUGAGCAUAAGUUCAGACAUCAUAAAGAAACACCCAAUUUGUCUUCAAGCUCAUACCCAAGAGCAGAAGCAGGGGCGCCAGCCCCGCGCACUAUGCCUGCAGCCGCCGCUGAGACCCGAGCUGCCGGGCGGCGGGGCGGCCCGGGGCAGGCGGACCGGAGCCGCCGCCGGGGGUCUCUGCGCCUCGCACCCCCAAGCCCGGCGCUGCCGACGAGCGGCCGCCCGGGUCCCUGCCCUCGCUCCGGCCUCGCUCCCCCGAGAGGAGACAAAAGGAAGGUUCAGCCGGGUCACCGCGCGGCCGCUGACGGGGAAGCAGAGUCGACCCCUGCGCGGCCGCCCCCCACACAAAGGGGCUCCCCGCCUGGGUCGCGGCGUCGGCGCGCUCGUCCCCGCCCAGCGCGCGGGCUCUCACCCACCUGCAGGUGUCUGUGCCCGGCACCGGAAACGCGCCGUGGUCGGCAAGACCCACAGGAAGUGUGUAACGACACCUCCUACGGCACGCACCAAGCUCGCAGUCGUCGCUGCCCGGAGGAGGUGUAGACCGAGCCUCCUGCUGCACACACGCGCGCACGCGGCGGCUGGCGCGCUGCCCCUGGAGGUUUGGAGCAACCGGUCCUCCGCGCGCACGAGCUCAGUCUCUGCUGCCCCGACAGGUGUGGAACCCGCCAUCCCCGCUAUGGUCCGAGGAAGUGUGCAGCACCGCCCCCUGCUACACGUCCCGGGCCCGCGGUCCCCGAUGCCCCCCGGAGCUCUGUGCACCUCCACUGAAAUGCAAGGAGCAGACAGAACCUACACCGUCCGUGAGGCAUCCAACCAUGAUGAGGUACCUUGUCGAACAAACUAACUCUGCCACUGAGGACUGUAAAAGCUGUUUAAAAAAAUAAAUAAAAAGUCUGUUUAAAACAAUUGGAGAGCAACCCUGUCAUCCAAGGCUCGAGAGUCCAAGAGCCCCCAGGAAGAAGGGAAAUACUUUGAAGUGAGUCCUGCAUUCUCAGCCACUCUUCCUUCUCAGGGCAUUGUUGAUUUGUGUCUAGGAGUGUGGAAGUCGGAAAGAAGCACCCUAGAGCUUACUGACAGUCUUACUGGCCUGGUGAUACAAAAUUUGGAGUCAGGUCUAUUAAGGCAGCUAGGACUUGAGAAACCAAGAUCCCAGAUAAAGCAAUCACAGUAAACCUAAUGGGUUGGCUGAGGGCCAUAAUCCCGGCACUUUGGGAGGGUGUGGCAGGAGGAUUGCUUGAGACCAGGAGUUU